AUGGCCUGGGACGCGUCCAAAAGCAAGCCUGCCAUCUUCCACAACCGGAUCAAGUCCUUCGUCCGGGACGUUAGAGGGUUGAGAAGAGACAGCCGCGGCCAUGAAAGAAAUGUCCAAUCCUCCGAUACUGAAACACCGCGUGCUCCUGCUGGCAAAGCAUCUCAGAUAGAACUAGAACCUGAAGAAACGCCCCGCACUCCCGCUACCCAAGAAUCUCAGACGAAAGCAGCAGAAUCACGGCCUACUCCUCCUACUGGCAAAGAAUCUCGGACAGAUCCACCUCCGGGACCCGGUCUUUCAGUCCACCUAACCCUCACCUUCGAGGAUCCCUUGGACUUCUCUUACAAUAGAACAUACAACAGUUCACCUAACCUCCGCGUGUCGGAGAAACUUUGUAGAGGCCUACUUCGCCAUGUCGACCACACUUGUACGGAAUUGAUAACGCGAAAAGACCCCAUUGCUUCUACACCUACCAGACUGGACGGAAUCGCCAAACCUAAGCAGUUUGACAUGACGUUCCAGAUCCUGAAGGGCGGCUCGGAAUGGGCGACGAGAACGCACAGCUCCUACCAAAAGCAAUCUUUGACGACAGAAGUGGCGAAAGAAAUCGUUCUCGCCUCUCAUCGUAUCGUUGGCCUCUUCCUGAAGCGACAUGAUCCCGACUUCAUAUGGAAGGACGGCGCUAUCCGUGAUGAGUCCCUAGAAGAUCCCGAGACGACACCGUACCGGAUCGGAUCCGUUCAGUCACUGCACUGUGUCCCGCGAUCUCACUUCCUCGAAGCAUCACAAACAUUCGAGAUGAUCCCCGGGUUCACGAUAGAUCUUUUGCUCACGAGUAGAAGCAAGCGUCGCAAACCUCCGGAAUGGCAGAAGACAAUUCAGAUCAGAAGUUUUCAGACCACUCCAUUGAACCUCGAAGUUGCAGAGACCUUGUUCUCCGACUCAUCCUACUCUUUGGAAGGUGCUUUGAGGGCAAGGAGGAGGACGGUUCAGGACCAGCACCGUCAAUGCCGCCUCAUCGGUGGAAGCUGUCAGCACUACGAAGAUGAUGCCGUUGAGAUAGUAUUACGAGUCACCAACAACCUCGGCCCUCAAUUCAAUCAUCUAGAACGAACCGUCCGUACUAAAGUUGCAUUACUUGGUCAACCCGAGGCACAAGACUGCAUUGACUUCUAUGAUACUCUUGAAAAGUCAUUGAAUUACGCACGAGAUGUCGCUGACAGCACUAUUCGCCAGAUGGACGACCUCGAUUUCCAGAUUGUCGAGCUGCGCGGACGUGGAUGGGAGUUGGACGAGCCACUCGUUUGUACCUUGGGACUUGAUGUAUCCCAUUCUCGAAGAAGUAUCGAGGCAAUCUUGGACCGCGUCCAGACAGGAGUUGGAGACACGCUUCGCGGUAAUGCUCUACACGUCCGUAUGUCUGCGCUGAAACGUGGUCACUGCAUAUUGGACAAGACCCUGGUCGCUCGAGAACCCGCUAGUCAUCGAUGGAACUCGCCGUCCAAGCAGAGGACAAAGGUAGUAGAUCGUCUGAAACAGCGUGUCGACCAAGACAUUCAGAUGGUCUGCAAGGACACGUGUAAACUUGAUGCGGCAUCCUUGAAGUCAGCGUCUGAGUAUGAAGAGUAUGACAGGCCCCAACCGGCUGAUAUUCCAUUGCCCGAAAGUCCUCUACCAGUGGUGGUGGAAGAGCUUCCAGAGAGUGUCAUGAUCCCUGAUGUCACUUCGCCUGUCGAACCAUUCAAUGUGGAAACUGCGAGGGAAUAUGUCAAAGACGCAACGGCGCCCGUCUCGGAAACAAGCGAGGUCUCUGAGAGGCCACAGUCACCCACUUUCAUUCGUUGUCCGAGAUCAGGGGCUCGAGUAUUUCCUUUGAUGCCGAGUCCAAGCUCAUUUGGGCUCCUCGAGUUCUUCGACUCUGAUGCCUUAGCGGAUAGCGAGGGGGACCAAGCAACUGUAGAUGCCAAGUCAGCGGAUGAAUUGCAAAUGAAUGAUGAAGUUGUCCCGGGCAAGGAUUGUGACGCUCAGGUUCAUCCGUUCGACCCUCAGUCUUCGGGGGAGCAACCCGAUGUUGUCCCCAACGAGACCGAGAAACCAACGAACCACUCAACAGAUGGUGAAUCGUCAAGUCAUGAUAACCAAAUCAAUGAGGUCAAAGGCACGCUACCACAAGGAAUGCCACAGGUUGACGAGUUCGAGGCCAGGCCACGAAGCAAUGCGGACGCAAGAGAUGAUAUCUCUGUUGCACCGUCCACUCCGUGCUUGACCUUUGGCUCCGGCCACUCUCCGAGAAGCAGUCUCAUGUUCACUCCCAAGAUCCAUGGGUCCAUAACUAGUACCGACAUCGAAAUUGUGAUGGCCGACAGCUCUCGGGACAAUUUGACCGAGUACAACAAGCCCUACCAACCACAAGAGAUUGGCGCCGACCAAAAGACGCUGAAGAUUUCCCCUGAUGGCUCGCCCUCUUUGACUCCAGUCAGGCCAAGGUUAUCAUCAUCGCCGCUAAAGCAACAUCUAAUUGCCAGUGGCAGAGACAGCUUUAGUCUAGCGGAUCCUGUCCAGGAUUCAUCGAGUGAUGCGGUGGUGAACCCAGCCGAACCUGGGAUACCAACCCCUUUGAAGGCAAUUUCAAGUCUAGAUGAGGUUGAAGCUGAAGAGCCUGACCUGCCUCCUACAAUUGGAAGUCAAGACAGCAAGGAUGAAACCAAACCGACAGACGAGCAGACAACAGAGGGAUCGGGUGAACGUGUACUUGCACCCGAGCGUUCAAGGAGACAACUAGUGAUUCCAAGCACGGCGGCCGUCCCUACCAAGGAGGUGGAACCGAAAACACCACUCGAGGACGAGCUGCCAUCGCCAAGCGGAGGUUUUCCAUCUGCAGACGGAGGAUUUGCUCAGACCAGGCCAGAAUUCGAUCUCUUCGACUUCUCGUCACCAUUCGCCUCGUCACCAUUAAGCGACCAACAGGAACAAUCACAACAUGGCUUCAUCAGCGACCAAAUUCCGGAAGGAGAAGAAAGAGAAAGAGGAGACAGAGGAGGAAGUAGCAUCAGCAGCAGUAAUAGCAGUGGCCCACUAUCCCGCAGAGGCCCCACGGUCGAGGACGUAUUCGUGACCCGUCGCGACUCGCUCGAGGACAUCAACUUUGUACGUCCACAACUAACUACCAAGGCACGGCAGAAGUCGUUCGGCAGCGCGGGACUAAUCGGCUUCCACGCAGAACACCGACUGAUCGACGUCGGACUACGCAGGGUGCUGAUGCCGGCGAGGCACUCUUUCUACGGUGCCGGGGGCGGGUUCCUCGCCAGCCCACGCCCUGCCAGCAGUCACGGCAUGGGAGGAGAAAGAGGACUAGGAUUAAGAGGUGGAGGAAGAGGACGCGAGAUGAUAUUGAGGAGACCUGCGUCUUCUGGGGGUUGGGUAGAUCUGCCUCUGUCUGUUGGCAUGAGCAGGAGUCUUCAACGUUCGUGGGAAUGGGGAGGCGAAGACGGAGAGCAGAGACAGCACCGCCAUUUGACCGUCAUGAGGCGGUCUACGUCGUCCAACAUGGUGCCUACGAAGAGGGAGGUUGAGGUUGAGGCGGAAAGGCGCAGAGCCGGGCCAGGACUCAUGGCAUUAUUUGUUGGAGGGGUUACACUUGCUUCGCAGAUGUUGAGACCGAGUUAA